AAUACACAGAAACCAAGGCAAGACCGUAUAGAUAAACUCAUAAACCAUAAACCCUUUUUGAUUCAGUACUUGGCUUUUGAAGCAGCCCAACGAUUUUUGUUUGUCAAUGACUCACGGCUCCUAGACUCGGCUCAAUAGUACCCGAAAGUAGUUUCAAUGGCGGUCACUCCUUCUUCCACCUCAUUUAUCCUCUUUCGCUCUCUUUAUCUGCUCUCUAUUUCCUUUUUCUCCCAGAAAACCCCCUAACAGUGUAUUGUUCCACUUCCAUGAUCGUUAUCUCUUAGAGCAGUUGGCCGAAGUUGGGAAUCUUUUUCUAUUUAUUAUUUUCUAUUAUUAUUCAUUGGGCAGAUGAUUCUAGUGAUUGAAUUUCUCCAUUGGUGAAAUGGGUUCUUGCAUAACUGUUCGGGCAAAGAAAUCCGACGUGGGUUUGUCGAGAGUUGCAUGAAUAAAGAAAAUUUUGAUUGCAGGAAUUAAGAAUACUGUUGGUGAGAUUGGGAUUUCACUUUUGAUCGAGUAGGGAAAGUAGGGAAAGGGCUUCUGUUAAAAUUUGACCUCAGAGAGGAAGAUAGAUAUAGCCAUGGUGAGCAAAACCAGAAAUAUGCUGGAGGGUCUCGUAAGAGAAGGAUCGUUUAAAUGGUUGCUUGGCAAUCGGAGUCCCUUUGAUGAGGAAUUUGAGGAGAUGUCUAAGUCUCCCUCUGCCAGAACAAACUGGAUGCCAGAGCUCUCUCCUAUUGCAAAUGUAGUUGUUCGCCGAUGUUCGAGAAUUCUGGAAAUUUCUAUGGAUGAACUACGUAACAACUUUGAUGCCGAGGCAUCUGAUAGCAUAAAGCAUUCAUCGGGGUAUGCAAGGAACUUUUUGGAAUACUGUUGUUUCAGAGCCCUUGCUCUGUCUGUACAAGUGACUGGUUAUCUUGCUGAUAAGAAGUUCCGGCGCCUAACAUUUGAUAUGAUGCUAGCAUGGGAGGCUCCUUCUGCUUCCAGCCAACCCUUAUUAAAGGUGGAUGAGGAGAGUACUGUUAGUGGAGAUUCUUUUUCUCGAAUAGCACCAGCUAUUCCUAUUAUUGCUGAUGUAAUUACUUGUGACAAUCUUUUUGAUGUACUUACCACAUCAACUGGAGGACGACUUCAGUUCUCUGUCUACGAGAAGUACCUUAAUGGAUUGGAAAGAGCAAUAAGAAAACUGAAAACCCAAUCAGAGUCAUCCCUUCUUUCUGCCCUCCGAUCACCAAAAGGAGAAAGGAUCCUUGAAUUGGAUGGCACAGUCACAACUCAACCAGUUCUCCAGCAUGUUGGAGUUUCUACAUGGCCUGGUCGAUUAAUAUUGACUGAUCAUGCACUUUACUUUGAACCUCUAAGAGUUGUAACCUUUGAUAAGCCAAAAACAUAUGACCUAUCAGAUGAUCUAAAACAGGUUGUUAAACCUGAGUUAACAGGACCAUGGGGUACACGAAUUUUUGACAAAGCAAUCAUGUACAAGUCCAUCUCUGUACCAGAAUCAGUUAUUAUGGAGUUCCCAGAGCUGAAAGGACAUACUCGUCGUGACUAUUGGUUAGCCAUUAUCAGAGAAAUCUUAUAUGCUCAUCAGUUCAUCCGUAAGUUCCAGAUCAAGGGAGUUCAACGAGAUGAAGCACUUUCAAAGGCUACACUUGGAAUUCUGCGAUUACAAGCUCUUCAAGAGUUUUCUCAUGCAAGUUCUGUUCGUGGUGAGGCAUUUCUCAUGUUCAAUCUUUGCGAUCAGCUUCCAGGAGGUGACUUAAUACUGGAGACACUUGCUAGGAUGUCAACCUCAAGGGAGCUGGACAGAACUAAUAGUUCAACUGCUAAGAGUGGGAUGUAUUCAAUAUCAGCUUUCACCAUGAUGUCUAAUUUAGGAGUCACACUUGGGAUGGGUUCAACUGUUCCUAAUGAAACAGGACUUGUUGUGGGAGAGAUAGUUGUAGGGGAGAUGACUGCAUUGGAAAGGGCAGUCAGAGAGGCAAGAAGUAGCUUUAAAAAGGUUGAACUAGCACAAGCAAGCAUUGAUGGGGUCAAAGUAGAGGGCCUUGACACCAAUUUGGUUGUGAUGAAGGAAUUGCUCUUUCCUGUAAUAGAAUUAGUAAAGUAUCUUCUUUUUCUUAUAUCGUGGGAUGAUCCUAUUAGGUCUUUGGUGUUUUGUUGUGCAUCAGCGUACACAAUUUAUAGGGGAUGGCUGGGAUAUGCACUUGCACUGCUGUUUCUGUUUAUUGCCAUCUUUAUGGUACUCACAAGAUGCUGUAGCCAAGGGAAGCCUGUGGAUGAGGUCAAAGUAACAGCUCCUCCAACAAUGAACACAAUGGAACAGAUUUUGGCAGUUCAAAAUGCAGUUUCCCAAAUUGAAGAGUUCAUCCAGGAAGGGAAUGUUGUUCUCCUCAAGUUGCGAGCCUUGCUCCUGUCUGUUUUCCCUCAGGCAAGCGAGAGAGUUGCAUUUGGGCUGCUGCUAGUGGCCUUUGUUCUGGCCUUCAUACCUUGCAAGUACAUAGUUCUUCUAAUAUUUCUAGAGAUGUCUACGAGAUAUUCACCUUUGAGAAAAGCAAGUACAGAGAGAUGGGAAAGGAGACUGAGAGAAUGGUGGUUCAGCAUUCCAGCAGCUCCUGUUCUCCUUGAAAGAACCAAAGAGGAAAAGAAGAGGGAAUAAUGCUCUUCUUGUAAUUAUAUAUUUGGAUAUGUACAUAUAUGAUGUAUUUUUAUUCUUUAGGGAGAUAAAAAUAAAUAUAGAUGUAAAUCUCUAUACUGAAAUUAAUUACAAGGAAGCAGCAGUAGUCUCAUUAGAUA